AUGUUAAGACAAAAUGCCUUAUUGACUGGUGAUAGAGAUCAACUCGUUCACAAUAAUGGUUACCCUUCUCAAACCAAUUACCAACCAAAUGAAAUACUCAUGCCAAAUGAAAAUUCUGAAAUGAACAAGAAUGAUGACAUGGCCUUUUUGUUAUUCUUGGGUGGAUUUUGUUUGCCAAUCAUUUGGAUUGUUCUCUUUUUCAUUACAAGAAAUCGUACCAAGUAUAGCAGUAGAGGAAGAAAAUUUGGAGCUAUUGGUUUGGGAUUGUUUUUCUGUUUCCUUGCAUGUAGUAUCGUUACUUUCAUUAUUCUGUUUGUCAUUAUUUACAAGUAUGGUAACAUUUCAGUUAAUGGUCACAAAAUCAACUAA